ACGGCGCGGGCGGAGGGCGCGGGCCGACCGGGCUCGCAGACCAUGGCUUCCAAGUGCCCCAAGUGCGACAAAACCGUAUACUUCGCUGAGAAGGUGAGCUCUCUGGGCAAGGACUGGCACAAGUUCUGCCUCAAAUGCGAGCGGUGCAACAAGACCCUGACUCCGGGCGGCCAUGCAGAGCAUGACGGGAAGCCCUUCUGCCACAAGCCUUGCUAUGCCACGCUCUUCGGGCCCAAAGGUGUGAACAUCGGGGGUGCUGGCUCCUACAUCUACGAGAAGGCCCCCGCCGGUGGACCCCAGGUCACUGGCCCCAUCGAGGUCUCCGCAGCCCGACCAGAGGAGCGGAAAGCCAGCAGCGCCCCAAAAGGGCCCAGCAAAGCCUCCAGCGUCACCACCUUCACUGGAGAGCCCAACAUGUGUCCUCGCUGUGGCAAGCGGGUCUACUUUGCUGAGAAGGUGACAUCCCUGGGCAAGGACUGGCACCGGCCAUGCCUGCGUUGUGAGCGCUGCAGCAAGACACUGACCCCUGGCGGGCACGCCGAGCACGACGGGCAGCCCUACUGCCACAAGCCUUGCUAUGGAAUCCUCUUCGGACCCAAGGGAGUGAACACUGGAGCCGUGGGAAGCUACAUCUAUGAUGCCAACCCCGAGGGCCCCGUGCGGCCUUAGGUGUCCCCGCGUGGCAGCACUGGCCCUCCCGCUGCCUUUGGCCGUUGGAACCUGCCGUGCCUGCUUGGGCCUCAGGGUCUCCCUCUGCCGCUGCCCAGUGUUAUUUAUGCCUUGGAGGUGGCUUCACCUCUCUGCACAGUGCCCAGCAGCCCUGCCAGCUCCCACCUAGCCUCUCAGCACCCACCACACCCACACGGUAUACCCCCCACGCAGGUGGCAAUAA